AUGAGCUCCAGGGCCAGUUACGUUGAUACUGGACAAGUCGAAGACCACCACGUACUCAAAUCCUAUGGCUGUGUUCCCGGCGCUUGGCCACUCGCUGAGAUCCCCGAAGAGCAACCUGUGGAGGCACCGCCCACUCGUCAUUUUUCCGCCUCAAGCGCAGAUGCCGUCCGCCAUGUCAGCUACAAUCUGGAUGACUCCAAAUGGAAUGCGCGAAGCAGCUUGCGUAGUUACGUCGAUCUAGGAGAAUCCUACUCGCAGCCGAAAGAAAGAGAACCUGAGCUCAGGAGCCAGAGAAUCAAGGCGAAGACAAGUAGCCCGAGAGAUGGGCUGAACCAGUUCCAGGAGGGCCGUUGGAAUUUCCAGAGCGAUCAUUGUAGCUAUAUUGACCCCGGCGGAUGGCACGUUAACCAGUCCCACGCUAGCUCGGUAUCGGAGAAGAGGGCUCACCCGAGAUCACCACCAAUAGCCCGUCCAUUCGGUAUAGAUGGUGGAUGGGAUACUGGAAGCAGCUUGCGUAGCUACGUCGACCUUGGAGAGCCGCACGUUCGACACACGACAACUCGCAGCUCAACAGGUAGCAUAAUCCAGGUUAAGCAGGGUGAACCGUCGUCUUCAAAAGUCAGAUAUGACGCCGGCAUGAGCAAAGAUUGGGACAAGCAAAGCAGUCUUAGUAGCUAUGUUGACCCGGGUUCGGAGAGGGCCUCUGCAACUAAAGUAAAGCAAUGGCUGCAGGAUAGUGCUUUCCCACCACUAAGUUCAGCUCGACUGCCACCCGCAGUAGUCUCGGGUUCGCCUGCAAUAGUCGUUCAGCGUCUACCAAGUCGCAAAGCGGCUAAAGACUUGGCUCGUAUUGAAGUCACGAACGGACCAAGAACCCAGCGAAAUGAGGACUGCGCAAUCCCGGAUAAAGUAGAGCCUGUUGAUCUGCAUACCCACCGUUCGCAUGAUAGAUACUUUCCAACCGUCAGCGUGGCAAGUGCAGCUGGCCUGCCGAGAUUCGUCAUUUACAGCAAAGACGGCGAUACAGCGAUCAUUGAUGCAGACGUCGACUACGCCUUCCCACCACGGCGGUCAAACAGCCUAGCUUAUUCACCGGUCACGGCCGCGCCAGUCAAGCAGCAGAAGAAGAAGCCCAGAGCCGCAUCGGUCACGUUGCCUCAUAUCGGCUCCAAACUGGAGCUGCUUCUACCGCCGCUAGCUGUAGCGGAAACUGGGACACUGGAAAGCUUAGGCGAUAGAAUGAGCUCACAUCAGCCUCCCAAGCGGAGCAAGGCCAAGCCUUAUGAGCGUAAAGCCUCCAGUUCCACGCCGGCACCGCAUCGAGCAUCUCUGCCGUCUCUCGACUUUGGUGUUUCACAGGGCCAGCAGGUUGAGGAGUUUCAUAAUUCAACCGUUGCUGUCUCGCCUCCAUCAACUAUGAGCUCUGCGCAGGCGUCUCCGAUCGAUACGACCUUUCUGUCUGGUAGUAUCAGUAACUUUUUUGAGUACGGCCCUUUGACUACAGUGGAAACUCCGGCGUCCGUGCAAAGUAUGAGGGUACAAGAUGUUCUCAAUCGGCCUCUCUCUGAAACAUCAGCAAGGAACUUCCAUAAGAGCUCGACAGAGGACUCUAGGAAGACCCUCCGGAAAGAUUUGGUGAAGAACUCCGCGACGCCUCCCACGCACAAUUCUUCCGAGGAAAUGGGGUUGAAAAUCGAGAGCUCGGAUCAAUUGUCUGAAGCAAAGAAGACCGAGCCUAUUGUUUCGAACACGUCACCACCCCCGGCUGAGGUUGGUCAGCUGAUUCCGCUAGGCAUCGCUACUAACAUUCCGCUCAAGGACUCUGAUGGCUUCCCGAUGCCUUCUCAGCCGGCAUACAUGCCCGCAUAUACGUACGACGCUCCGCAAGACUACGUUCAAGCGCAUUCCCAAAAUUUGCCAGCUUUCUAUCCCUCAACCCCUUCCGCACCGAUGACAUACUCAAACUACCUCCCUCCCACAGUCGAAAGCGUGUCUUCAAGUCUAGGCAAGGGCCAGCAGGCGCCGCCGGCUGGCACUUUCGUGGUAUCCGCCACAUCUCAGGAGGCGACCUUGUCAGUUGUGCAUCAAUCUCCCCCAGAGCCGGCGGAUGAUGGCUACUGCAAUGAAGUAUGGAACGGAAUCCCGGUCCGUGUUGGUAUCGUGAGAAUGACAAGGUACCCUUCGAGGCCUUCGCGACAUGGAGAGACACUUCCUUGA